AUGCCCACCAAAACCCUCGUCAUAGUCGGAGUAACCGGCAACCAAGGACACUCCAUCGCCACGCGGUUCCUCCACGACCCAACCUACCAUAUAAUCGGGCUAACGCGGAACCCAACCUCCCCGACCGCCCAAUCCCUCUCAGCGCAAGGCAUCACCAUCCUCGCCGCCGAUCUCAACGACCCCAGCACACUCACCCCGGCUUUCCGCGGCGCGAACCUCAUCUUCAGCGCUGCGGAGCGGGGUAUCUCGUGCCGACGGUACGCGUACGAGGUGGAGGUGCAGCAGGGGAAGAAUAUAGCGGAUGCGGCGGCGGCUACGGUUGACUCGUUGGAUGAGAAUGGGUUUGUGGUGUCGACGUUGAGUUAUGCGGCGGAGUGUAGUCGGGGAAGAGUUGGGGAGUUGUAUCAUUUUGAUGCUAAGGCGGAGGUGUUUCCGAAUUAUGUGAGGGAGAGAUAUCCCGCGUUGGCGGGGAAGAUGUCGUGUGUGCAGACGGGGUUUUUUAUGACCAGUUAUAGGUUGGUUCCUGGGGCUUAUUUUACGAAGAAGAUGCUGGAUGAUGGGGAGGAGUUGUUUGAGAUGACUUUUACGACGGCGCCUGAUGCGAAGGUUCCGCAUUUGGAUGUGAAUGCUGAUUUGGGGAACUUUGUUUAUGCGGUUUCGAAGAUGCCCCCUGGGAAGAGUUAUAUGGCUUGUGGGUCGCAUUGUAGCUGGGCGGAGUAUAUGAGGAUUUGGGGGAGGGUUAAUUCGGUCCCGGCAAGUUAUCGACAGAUUGCUCUUGAGGAGCUGAUGAAGAAGACUCCCGAUACGGAGUUUGGGCGCGAGGUAGGUGAUAUGUUUACUUAUUCGACAGAUCCGGGGUAUGAUGGCGGUGAUAAGGAACUGCUGACUGCAGAAGACAUACGCAAUGCCGGAAUUGAGUGUCCAAUGACCAGUUUGAAGGAUUGGGUAGAGAAGGAGGAUUGGUCGGCUGUCCUGAAUAGUGACUAG